GCUGAAGAUGAGCCCGGCGCGGCGGGGCGGGCGCCGCUGGGGCCGCCGCUCCUCCGCGCUGCUCCUGGCGCUCUGGCACUGCUGGCUGUGGCCGGCGGGCGCCGACAACGCGAGCCAGGCGUAUUACACGGCGCUCGUGAACGUGACCGUGCUGCACCCCGAGCGGCCCGCGCCCACGCUGCUGCGCCUCGACCGCGGCCGCUACGGGCAGGACUCGCCCAAGGUGGAGGUCAAGGGGCUGCUGCUGGCGCCCGUGCCCAUUAACGGAGUUGCAGAUCGCCUGGGCUGUGACCCUCGAACACGUUUCCAGGUUCCCCCGAACACCAAGCAAUGGAUCGCUCUGCUCCAGCGAGGAAACUGUACGUUCAGAGAGAAAAUCCUGCGAGCAGCUUCCCACAACGCCACAGCUGUGGUCAUUUACAACAAUAUAUCCAGUGAAGAACCAGUCACUAUGACUCAUCAAGGAACUGGAGACAUUGUUGCUGUCAUGAUUACAGAAUCAAAGGUUAAGGAGAUCCUGAAUUAUUUGGAAAAGAAUAUCUCUGUCUUGAUGGCAAUAGCAGUGGGAUCCCGUGUUCCUCCAAAAAACUUCAGCCGAGGCUCUCUAGUCUUUGUGUCAAUAUCAUUCAUCGUUUUGAUGAUAAUUUCUUCAGCGUGGUUAAUAUUUUACUUCAUCCAGAAGAUCAGGUACACAAGUGCACGUGACAGGAAUCAGCGUCGUCUUGGAGAUGCUGCCAAGAAAGCCAUUGGUAAAUUGACAACCAGGACAGUAAAGAAAGGUGAUAAGGAAACCGACCCAGACUUUGAUCAUUGUGCUGUCUGCAUUGAGAGUUACAAGCAGAACGAUGUUGUCCGUAUUUUACCAUGCAAGCACGUUUUCCACAAAGCUUGUGUGGAUCCAUGGCUUAGUGAGCACUGUACGUGUCCCAUGUGUAAACUGAACAUCUUGAAGGCCCUGGGAAUUGUGCCAAACGUGCCGUGUACAGAUAACGUAGCCUUCGACAUGGAAAGGCUCACGAGGGGCCAGCCAGCAGCCAGGCGCUCGGCUCUUGGUGACUUUGCCAACGACAGCUCCCUCAGCCUGGAGCCCCUGCGCACCUCGGGGAUGUCGCCGCUCCCCCAGGACGGGGAGCUGACUCCAAGGUCAGGAGAGAUCAACAUUGCUGUGACAAGCAGCCAUUUCUUCCAUCGUAAUUCUCUGUCUCCCCGAAGCCUGGUCUACGAGAGCGAGUUCUCCACGAUGGAGCCUGCUUUGGACAUGUAUGACGAGAACAAGACCUGAAGGGAAUCCGUGCUCCUUCUUGGCCCUUUUUGCGUUUUUUUCAUUUCUCAUUCCUAUCGUUGUGUACUCUUUCCAUGGAUCUCCUUUGUCCGAAGAAGAGCUGCUUUUUCCAGAACACAAACCCGUCUUCUAGAUGGCCAAGAUGAAGACCAGCAGCGGUGGUUUCGGAGGGUGGCGUCUUUGAGCUGACGAGGCGUGCGCAAGCAAGCCUGUCGGAUGGAAAUUGCUGAGUAGCAGCAUGGGGAGCUGCGUCGGUCCAGCCGAGGACACGGCGAGGCAGAGGAGGAGGCUUUACGGUGGGUUGUGCUGCACAUACGUCUCUUACAUAGGCUGCUUCCAAUGUGAUCAGUUGCCCGGGUGUUUGGGCAUCGUCGGAAAGGGAAUACGUUGCAGAGGAGAUGGCAAGUGACUGGUCAAAGCACUCGAUAUCUCUCACUUAAUCCAUAACCUUACUGUGAAAUAUCCCCUUUGGAAAGGGACCUUUAUAAGUGCGUUGAGUUUCCUACAGCCCAUUUAACGCAGGCAGUAGCAAGCCAGUCUCAUGUUCAAGCUGCGGAGAGGACCUGCAUUUGCAGAAGGAUUUCAAGGAAAUUGAAGCUUCAUUUCUUUCUCCAUUUCCAUGGAAGCAGGUGAGAAAUGGCCUACACAGCAAAUAUCCUUGAUCCAUCCUUGUUCUCCAGACAAGCGAAUCUCUUGCCAUAGAGAUGCUGCCUCCUUUACAGGACCAGCACUUGAUCUCCCUUAAAAUCAUUAGACUCUCUGAAAUAUGCAAGAACCUAAUUAGCUCUCUUUCUUGCUUUGCUUUUUUUUCUUAAACCACCAAAUUUUUCACAGCGGUUUUUUCAAAGCCAGCAUGUUGGCGUUACACAGAGAAGAAAAAAGGUAAGAAGCUUCUUGCCCCGUUCUCCCGUCGAGAUCUGCAACACUUAAAUAACCAACACGUUCCCUACGCCGUGUCCUUUCCCACUGACAUCAAUAACGUGAAUGCAGAAAGCAGAAGAAUAAAGGAAAGCAGCGACCGCUUUGACACUCAGCAGGGAAAAUCAAUUUUUACCGGCGUGUGACAAAAGCAGCAGGGAAACGAAUAUUUCGUUCAAGCUUUUGCAAGAGCAGCACUGGGAUGGAAGGCAAGAGGGAGGACCUCAAGUAUUCUUUUGGGAAGUCCACAGUGUUCCUCCCAAUCAGCAGAUGUGGAAAAGUGAGUGCUUUCUGCUCCACCUUUUCCUGCUGGACAGUGCAUCGUUGUUUAAUGAAUGUUAAGAUUUUCUCCAUUGCAGUCUGAGUUACUGUAGAUGUAGAAACGCAUUUGUGUCCUUGUAAUGUGAAACUGAACUUCAAUCUCUAUAUAGAAAUCUUGAGAAAUCAGUAAGCCAAAAAAAGGAAGGUAAGACAGACUUUGCCAUGUUUUAUUUUGGAUGGCUUUUGCUGCGAGUGGGGGAACUUCCCUUUGCUUUUCUUUUCUUUACAUCAUAUAGCAGUUGUCUUGAUGUGUGUAGCCUUUCCUGAAGUGUGUGGUUCAGCUGUGUCUUUAACACACAGAUGUUUAAGAUGUUUAAGAGGAAAAAAAAAAGAAACAAAGAAAAAAAAAAAAGAAACAACUCUGUAAAAUGAUGAGGAAAUGAUCCUCUUAGCAAAGCAUGCUUUGACUUCUGUUGCUGCGCGUCGGCUUUAUUUAAUCCGAUAAUUCGGGAAGGGGUGGUGUGAUGUGCAGAGAGGCUUCUCUCCUCGUGCCCGUGUUUACACUCACCAAAUGCACUUUUUACU